AUGCCCAGCCCCAUCACCGCAUCCCUCAACUCCAUCGCCCCCAAUUCCACCGCCCUGGCCCCCAGCGCCAUCACUGCACCCCUCAGCCCCACCACCCUGUCACCCAGCUCCAUUGCCGCAGCCCCAUCGCCCUCCUCCCCAGCCCUGUCACGGCAUCCCUCAGCUCCAUCGCCCCCAAUUCCACCGCCCUGGCCCCCAGCGCCAUCACUGCACCCCUCAGCCCCACCACCCUGUCACCCAGCUCCAUUGCCGCAGCCCCAUCGCCCUCGUCCCCAGCCCUGUCACCGCAUCCCUCAACCUCAUUGCCGCAGCCCCAUCGCCCUCGUCCCCAGCCCUGUCACC